AACGAAAAAAAAAAACGUGGGAAUGAUGAUGCCGAAGCCGGCCCGGGUUCGGUGGAGUAAAGAACCUGCCGAGCGGGCGAAUGUUGCAGUCAGUAAGGUGCUAGCCUCUCAAGGAGAAACAUCUCGUCCUCAUCGCAAGAAAACUGGUUUCGGUUUAGUUUUUUUCCUUUCUUCAGUCGUUGAGAACAUUAUCUUUGGAAUACAAAGCUGCAAGGAGGAGUGGGCGAGAGUAAACAGAAGCGAAGUGAUCGUCGCUGUCAAGUGAAUGUUUAUUUUGAUUGCUUUGAGGAGUUUAUGUUUGUUGGCAAUACGGACCGAAAGUGAGAGAAGUGUUUGCUUUUGGGACUGUUUAAUCGAUCGGGAAGUGUUGUUGAACUGAAAGUGAUACGAAAGUUAAUUUGGACCGAUAUUUGGCGAACGCGAUCAAGUUGGAGCUGCACGGUGAUCUAAACGACAGAAUGGCAGUGGCAAGUUUGAACAUGUCGCCGAUCUUCUCCGGAUAUCCAUUCCAAGGACAGGGACGUGUGAACCAACUCGGAGGAGUUUUCAUCAACGGGCGCCCCCUGCCCAAUCACAUUCGACUGAAAAUCGUUGAGAUGGCUGCGGCCGGCGUGCGGCCCUGUUCCAUCUCCCGGCAGCUACGAGUUUCGCACGGGUGUGUUUCGAAGAUUUUGAAUCGCUAUCAAGAAACGGGAUCCAUUCGCCCGGGAGUUAUCGGAGGAUCUAAGCCACGCGUUUCCACACCGGAGAUCGAGAACAAAAUCGAAGAGAUGCGUAAGGGUAAUCCCGGAAUCUACAGCUACGAUAUCCGUGAGAAACUGAUCAAGGAGGGAAUUUGCGAUAAGAAUUCAGCGCCGUCGGUUAGCUCGAUCACUAGAAUUCUUCGUGGAGGUCGUCCCGAGGAUGAACGCCAUGGAAAUCACUCGAUCAAUGGCAUUUUGGGUGGAUCUUCGUGCGAUGAGGAUAGCGAUACGGAAUCUCAACCUGGAAUCGAACUGAAGAGAAAGCAGCGUCGUUGCAGAACUACCUUCAACGGAGAACAGCUGGAGGCGUUGGAGAUCGCAUUCGCCCGAACACAGUACCCUGAUGUGUACACUCGUGAAGAACUCGCGCAGAAAACUCGCCUAACGGAGGCCCGCGUUCAAGUGUGGUUCUCCAACCGUCGUGCACGUCUACGUAAGCACAUGAGCUCCCAGCAGCUCGCUGCCUACAACGCCCAGUACCCUGCUCCAUUCGAACAACAAGCAGCUGCUUCCGCUGCUGCUGUAGCCGCUGCCUCCAUCCCAACAAGUUCCGCCGGAUUCCCAUCAAGCAUGCAAUCGUGGAGUCAAGCGUGCUACCCACCGACCAACCAAACAUCCAUCCACGCUGCAUCCCAAACGGCCUACAACCCACUGGCCCAAACCAUGAUCCACCCAACAUCAGCCACCAUGAGCCCACCAGCCUCCCUCAGCCCGCCGACAUCAAUCAGCCCGGUCCACAACCAAAUCCCCUCGGCCAGCUCCGCAAACCACCAUUCAACCACCACCUCCUCCAACUACAACUACUUCCCCAUGCUGGACAACUCCCAGUCCUACGCAUCUGCUGCUUCCUACGCUCCGACGAACACCUCCGCCAACGCUUCCACCACCAUCGACAACUCAUCAUCACAAUGGCGCUCGUCUCAUUCAACCCACAACAAAGCCACCACCGAAUGGGACGCUUAUAGUACGUUCUUCUCGAACAACAUGAACCACCAUCAUCACCCGCACCACGCUUACUCCGCGGCGGCAGCCGCAGCCGCCGAAGCCAAGUCCGGCUACCCGUACUUCGGUCAGCUCGGAGGCCUGGACAUGAGCCGCCUGCAUUGAAACAAAAACACACCUAUAAAUUAAUAAUAAUUAACUCACACACCCACCUUCAAAUAUGGGAAAGAGUGGGACAGUGUGUGCAAUCCAAAAAAAAUGCAUAAUUUGUCCCGCGCGCGCGGCCAAUGCACUUGACCGCCGACGGUGCCCCCGCCGUUCACACCCGCCGCAAUGUAGAUAGCGAAAAGUUUCCGUUUUCAGGGAGUUCAUAAAUAUUCAAGCACGCGUUUAGUUCGGUGCGGUUUUCAUGGAGCGGUGCGCGACUUUGCGCUGUAUCUCGUUAUCUCUAGAAGGGGGCUAGAUUUUUAAGUGUUUCAAGUUGGCUGAAAAUAUGUACCUUAGCUAAUUUUUAUGGGCUUUUGCAUGGCCACGGCGAUCGAUCGACCGACAGGACAAAGCGCGCUGCAAAGUUGUAAAUAUUUGGAUAUGAGCUGCCGAUGGGUGCCUUGUUCGGGGGUUUUCAUAAAUUCAGUUUUAUUAGCAGUAAGGGUUAGCUCGAGCAGGGUUAGUUUGUAGCAAAGGUAACAAAGGUUUAGUAGUCGUCGACGUGUGCAGUGCGCGAAAGGUGCGAAUGUAGAUUUACUUUACAAAUUGAGAGAAAUGUUAUCAGACUGUUUUUCACUAGAUAUGAGACAAUUAGACGAUAAGAAUAUUUCUAAAUUAGAUAAAAUUGAAUUCCUUACAUUAAACUAAUAAGUUGAGAAGAUAUUUAUAUACAAAAAUGAGGUACAAAGAGAUUAAUGCGUA